AGAAACGAGCGAGCGGCUUCUGUGCAACGUAAGUGGCUCAUCUCUGUAUCCGUCAAAGAGAGAGGCCUCGGCGGAUAGAUUAAUUGGAUAUACCAGCCGUCUGACAACCGGGCAUACGUACAAUGUAGCGCGGCUUGUUCUUAUUGAGCCUGCGCUAACAGAAAAGGAGGAGGUUCCCGAAUAGAGUCCUUUAUUUAUUUCUUUGUUUCCAGUGGGGGAAAAAAAAAUAAUAACAACGACAGAUACAAUAGGUAGUUCAUUUAUUAUUUUGUCUGUACACACAAGAAAACUGGAUAAGAUUACAGUGGUUACUCGAAGGCCAAAGCCAAGGGGAGGAGGAUGAAGCGGCGCAAUGCGGACUGCAGUAAACUCCGACGGCCGUUGAAACGGAACCGAAUCACCGAGGGUAUAUACGGCAGUACCUUCCUGUACCUGAAGUUUCUGGUGGUGUGGGCACUGGUGCUAUUGGCAGACUUUGUGCUUGAGUUCAGGUUCGAGUACCUCUGGCCGUUCUGGCUCUUCAUCCGGAGUGUGUACGACUCCUUUAGAUACCAGGGACUGGCCUUCUCAGUAUUCUUUGUGUGUGUGGCAUUUACCUCGGACAUCAUUUGCCUCCUCUUCAUCCCGGUGCAAUGGCUGUUCUUCGCUGCUAGUACCUACGUGUGGGUGCAGUAUGUUUGGCACACAGAGAGGGGGGUCUGUCUGCCCACAGUGUCUCUUUGGAUACUGUUUGUGUACAUAGAGGCAGCCAUCAGAUUCAAAGACUUGAAGAACUUCCAUGUGGACUUGUGCCGUCCUUUUGCUGCACACUGCAUUGGCUAUCCGGUGGUCACGUUGGGCUUCGGCUUCAAGAGCUAUGUAAGCUACAAGAUGCGCCUCCGGAAGCAGAAGGAGGUGCAGAAGGAGAAUGAGUUUUACAUGCAGCUGCUGCAACAGGCUCUGCCUCCAGAGCAACAGAUGCUUCAGAGGCAAGAGCGAGAAGCAGAAGAAGCAGCGGCAGCAGCGGCAGCAACUAAAGGAAUAUCUGAAGUGGACACAACUCCAUUGUCACAGAAUGGCGCCCCAGCCAAUAAAAAGAUAUCGGCACCACUGCCGGAACUAGAGUAUAGAGAAAAAGGGAAAGAGGGAAGGGGCGGCGGGGACGGUAAAAAGCAGCACAACAGCAACAGCAUCCUGCCAUCAUCAGUGGACUCUAAACUCCAGGAGAUGGAGUACAUGGAGAACCAUAUGAACAACAAGAGACUGACCACAGAGCUGGGCAGCACAGAGAACCUGUUGCUUAAAGAGGACAACAAUUCCUCCUGCUCCUCCUCAUCCUCUUCUUCCUCCAAAAACUACAAAAAUGCUAGCAGCAAUGCCGCAACACUGAACUCCUCACCCCGUGGUCACAGUGCUACCAAUGGCAGCGUGCUCUCGUCUGCGCCGUCCUCCUCCUCUUCCUCGGGGAAGAACGAGAAGAAGCACAAGUUGUCAGUGGGCAAGGGGACAUCAGGCGGCUCCCACAGGGAUCCGACAGACAACUGCAUCCCCAACAACCAGCUGAGCAAGCCAGAAGCACUGGUUAGAUUGGAGCAGGACGUUAAAAAGUUGAAGGCAGACCUGCAGGCCAGUCGGCAAGUAGAGCAGGACCUGCGGAGCCAGCUUGGCUCACUGGGCAGCGCUGAACGCUCCGUACGCACCGAGCUGGGUCAGCUGCGCCAGGAGAACGAGCUGCUGCAGAACAAACUCCAUAAUGCUGUGCAGGCAAAGCAAAAGGACAAGCAGGCCGUGGGCCAACUGGAGAAGAGGCUCAAAGCAGAGCAGGAAGCUCGAGCCACCAUCGAGAAGCAGCUCGCAGACGAAAAGAAGCGAAAGAAGUUAGAGGAGGCCACGGCGGCCAGAGCCGUAGCACUAGCGGCAGCAUCCAGGGGCGAGUGCACAGACACGCUGCGGCGCAGGAUCACGGAAUUAGAAACAGAGUGUAAGAAACUAACGAUGGAUAUCAAGCUGAAGGAAGAGCAGAUCCGAGAGCUUGAACUGAAAGUGCAGGAGCUUCAUAAAUAUAAGGAGAAUGAAAAAGACACGGAGGUGCUGAUGUCCGCACUGUCAGCAAUGCAGGACAAGACCCAGCACCUGGAGAACAGCCUGAGUGCAGAGACCAGGAUAAAACUGGACCUCUUCUCUGCUCUGGGAGACGCCAAGAGACAGCUGGAGAUCGCACAAGGUCAAAUCUUGCAGAAGGACCAGGAGAUCAAAGACCUGAAGCAGAAGAUCGCUGAAGUGAUGGCCGUCAUGCCUAGCAUCUCCUACUCGACUGACACCAGCAGCAUGACCCCUGUGGCCCCCCACUACUCCUCCAAGUUCAUGGACACCAACCCCUCCGGCCUCGACCCCAAUGCCUCCGUUUACCAGCCACUGAAAAAGUGAACGCUUCGCCCCCCCCGGCCCUUCCUUCCCUCCAUCGACCCUUCAUUUUAAUUUCCCCUGCAGACUCAUCACCUCACAAUCUGCUCGGCAUGUCUGCAGCUGAGAACGUUGGUUUUCUUCUGGGGGGGGAGGGGGGCGGGAUUUGUUCUCUCCUUGCCAGGUCAGAAGGAUGUUGUAUUGUGUGACUGUAUUUGUUGUAGUUAAAACAAAAGACAAAAAAAAAUAACUUAAAAAACGGGCAUCACGUGUCAACUAGGAAGUCCCAGUUUUUGUUUUUCCUCUUAAGUGUCUAGUGAAACCUCACAGAACCGGGUAUGUUGUACCUUCAUCUCUCCCAACACCGCUGCAGACACCUGCAGCUGGUCACCUGCUCUUUGGUCCUGGGGAAUAGCUGGUUUGGUUUGCUUUUAUUUAAUUUUUUUUUAUUUUAAAUUGGAAAUCAGUUCUCCUUCUAUCAUACAGCCGCACUUGUAUCCCAAUUUCUUGGACAGAUGAUUAUUUUCCUCAUAAGGCAGUGAGGCGUCGUCUGUGCAACCAGAGGAAUGUAAUGCAAAGUUGGCACAGACUCUUGUCGUGGUUUAAUUUAUUCUCUUAAUCUACAAGGCGACAUCAGAUUAUCCCUGUUCUUGGCUUGCUUUGGGGUUUGGUGGUGAGUCGUUUUUCAUUUGUGUCGCUCAGUUUUGUUUUAACACUUUCAACAAGCUGGAACAACAUUGAUUUUGAUAUUAAACAAACCCAGAAAAAAAGGAUUGGUGUGACGAUCACGGUGCCGUGAGGUGACGACAUGGACUGAGUGACAUGAUGAGGAAUGGCCCCGCCCAUCUGAAUUACUGAUGACGCGUCUCGGGCUAAGAAUUUGACCUCAUCCAGUGAAGAGGGACGAAACCACCCUCAGACACUGACUGAUUUCCACUGAAACGUCUCUGAAUCGUCACGUCGGUACACGGGAGCUCAUUCCAGCUGCUGUUAAACCCCGAAAGUGAACCUGUCGUCCCUUCUUUUUCUUGACUUCUUGAUUUCCAGUUGCACUGUUGCACUGUAGGAAACACACGCUGUUGUUUAAAAGGGAAAACUGUAACGUUGGUCUGUGCCGUGUACACACGAAAGCUUUGGAAAUGCCAACUUUAACUUUAAAAAAAAAAAGAAAAGAACAGUUAAAUAAUAUUAUUUAAUGACUCCUCCACCUCAGUUCAUGUGCCAUGACGGUGUUCAAGAAUGUACUGCAGAUACAUACUGACACUUUUCUUUUGUCCAAUAUCCAGGUGAAUAUCAUUUGAUGGGAGUUUGUGUUGAGCAGGUGGAGAAAAGCGUGGCCACCUGUUUGUUGUAGACUGUGUAGUUUAAAAAAAAAAAAAAGGUAAGGGACUAGAAAGUUGACAGUAUUUUGUAGCUGUUGAGCAAGACGCUGUUACACAGCAUUUUCUUUGUCCUUACUCCUGUUUGUGGUAUUGUUAUUUUCCUGCAGGGAGAAAAUUGCUCGAGUCUGAUGUGGUUUUUGCCGUCAUCUGAAAUGAUCAUUAUUGUGUGUGUGGUUUUCACCUACUGUAUAUGGAGAAGCUUUUUUUUUCUUCUUCUUUCAGACGGCUGACGUUGGCUUGUGCGGGCGGGGCGUGACUCAGACAGUUUUAGUCGGUUGUUUGGUCAACUGAUUGUUGAAAGUGUUUAGUUUUUUUCUUGUUUUCUAUGCCCACAGUCACCGCUUAGUUUCUACCCAGGUCUGACCUUGGCUGCGCUCUCGCUCUGUGAGGUUUGCAAGGAAUAAACUUUUUUCUUUUCUUGCA